AUGGACAUGGACUACGCGCAAGAUGUGACCCGCGACCGUGCGCCUGGCGACUUGGGCGCAAGGAUGGAGACCGAUUUCACGCGCCUCAUCACCUCCAAUCGCGUUCCAACAGCGGAAGAACGCGUUUCCAUCCAGACCCGACUGGAAUUUCUCCAGGGACGCCUGCAGUCGCUGAGCGCCGAUCUACCCGCGGCGUCCACGACAGUCUCCGCGCAGCCUCGGGCUGUACAGGAAUCCAUGGAAGCCCUUCGCUCAGUCAUCUCCGUAACUCGUCGACUCCCCGACGACAUCCUCUGUGAGAUCUUCCGCGCAACCGUCCCUCCUGAUCCGCACAUGAGCACGAAAGAAGCACCGCUGCUCCUCGGCCGGAUCUGCUCCGGAUGGCGUCGUCUCGCAUAUAUGACAACACCCGACCUGUGGAAGAACGUUCACGUCGUUGUCCCAGACAAGGCGCAUCUAAACCGGCUCUGUGACGCGGUGGACGACUGGCUAUCUCGCUCAGGCGCCUUAGGCCUGUGCGUUAGCCUAGCCGUGUCAGACGCAUGCGAGCCUGAUUCGGAUAACAUCGCGACGGUGAUUGACGUCCUAACGCGCUUCUCUACGCGCUGGCGUCGCGUGAAGCUCACUCUGUCUCCGCACACGACGUUGACGCCCUUGACGAAUUUGCGGCCGCAGGAUGUGCCUAGGCUCGAAUCGAUCUCGCUGACAUCGAUAGGAGUAGGCACGUGGAGGAACUCGGAUGCACCGCUCGAUGUUCCAUGGAGGAAAUUGCCGUUUCUGCGCACCUACGCGCUGCGCAAGGUCUCACUCGUGAACCUGGGCGGCAAGUUUCUGACCUUACCGGUGAUCUGGCCGCUCCUCUCGUCGCUGACACUCCUUGGCGGCGGGCUGAAGGACUCGACCAUCUACCAGUUCACGAUGCAAUCCGCUUUACUUCUUUUGCGAGAAUGCACCCGGCUCGUCCAGCUCAAGCUAUGCGUUACGUCGGAUCAACAAGUUGUGGCGAUGCCUGAAGCAGACGAAUCGUCGAAGAACCACCUAUCAACCCUCGUGACCAUGCCCCUUCUCACGCAUCUGAGCGUCGAGAACAGAGAAUACGCGCUGCCGAACGCCUUGCACUUCUUCCGCUCGCUAGUUCUUCCCAGCCUGCGUUCUUUCGCAUAUGAGGGACCCAAAUACGAGUACGAAUAUAGCACCUCUGCGCACCGAGCCAUCUUGCCCUUCUCACCACUCCUUGGACAAUCAGCCCUUGAACGACUGACGAUGGACAUCCCCGGUGUCACGAGGGCCGCUUUCAUCCAUUGCAUGGAGCUGGUGCCCAAGCUCAAGGCUCUACGCAUCGAGCCUGGACCUGGGUAUGAUCCUUGGUCUCCUGUAGGGAUCGCCACUUUGCAACCAACAAUGUCUGCCGAGGAUCUCGUCCAGCUGCUGACAACCUCGAACCACCUGCUGGCAAAUCUGAGAUCACUGGAGAUCCAUCGCACCUCGCAGCUCACAGAUCAAGCUAUCCUCGAUCUCUUGUUAUCCCAUGGACGGUCCUUGCGACGGCUGGAUGUGUCUCUCACCAGGGCCCGGGAGUUCGAUAUCUUGCCGCUUGUUGACCAUCUUGUUGCUAGAGGGCUGGACCUUAGGCUGCGAUAUCUCCAGUCAAAAUAG